AUGACUGACUUUCGCGAAGCGAAACGUGAGAUAGAGAAACACAACAUCAAGCUACCCGAUGAAGUCUCUGCAUACAUUCUUCUCAAAUGCUGUGGGCUCACUGUUGAACAGCGUCAGAUGACUUUGACGCAGAUUGGCAAUGAGAAGAUGACUGAGGCCAAGGUUGAACAGGCCAUCUAUUACUUGUUUGGCCAGGACUACCGUGGCCGCACCAGUCAUGACUCCAGGAACAGAGUAAAAGGCAGGUACUCCCAGUGGCAACGUCCGCAACAGGCCUAUGUCACUGACGAGACCUACGGCUAUGAUGUCGACUAUGGCGAUGAUGAGGCCUAUCUUGGCGACGAUGCCGAGGACUUUGAGGCUGAUUUCAUCCCCGAAGAUUUUGAACAACAAGAGUAUGGUGAUUAUGAGUAUGAAGACAUCAUGUACUAUGGGGACUAUGGGGAUGACACAUGGGAGUCCGAGUUUCCUGAAGGUGGUGACCCCGAAACUGAAGAAGCUUUUGCCACGUAUCUAGAUGCUAGACGUCGUUUUGCUGAACUCAAGGCCAACAGGGGGUUUUGGCCCGUUGUUGCACUCAGCCCAGAAGGACAAGCAUCAACAGCAGCAGCAACACAACGACCACACGCACCCAAACCAACAAAGGGCAAGGGUAAGGGCAAAAGCAAAGCAAAGGGCAACAGACCACCACCACCACAGAAGGGCGAUGCCAAAUCUAGGGGCAAAGCAGCAGUCAAUGCAGACGUCAUUUGUCUGCGCUGCUCACAACCAGGCCACUAUGCAGCAGACUGUCCACAGAGACACACACGACCCUCGGGCAGCAACAGCAGCUCACCUGCCAAGAAGACCAAGACAGCGACACAUGCCGCCCACAUGGUACGAGACAUGACACAAGACGACAGCAACAUGACCCCAACAGAUGGCUACUAUGCCACUCAAGACGGAGGCGCAAGCUCCAUGGUGUCAGGACACACAACAUUCAUGUCCUACCUGCAACACAGCCUCCAACGAGGCAUACCACUCAGCCACUUCCGGUUCCGCGAAGCUGACAAGAUCUUCCAUUUUGGCGGCGACCGUGAGCUCCGAUCCAACUGGAGUGUGCAUAUGCCAGUGCACAUCAACGGCAACUGCGGUCGCAUUCAAUGCUUCCUGGUACCAGGAUCCACGCCAAUGUUGAUGGGCAGACCCAUCCUCAAGGCCCUCAAUGUGAAGGUCGACUACACGACUGACCAAUUCUCCACUGACGGAACCAAUUGGCAGAACAUCCCACUUGGGAGCAAGCAGGAACACCUACUCCAACUCGAUGACAUGCAGUGCAAUCCACCCACCACUGACCACUACAACUUUGACCUCGUCACAACUGACACCUACGAAGUCCUACAGAACAACCUCGCUGAUGAAGAUACAACUGACCUCCACCACUACCUACAACAGACUGGGCAUCCAGAGCCCGAAUUCGUCUACUCAGGCACCGCCAACUUGGCAGCCGCAAUGAGAAAGAAAGGCUAUGUGAUCUUCACCUUUGACCUGACCAAUGGAUGGGACUUCACAAAAGGACAGCACAGAAGAGACUUCUACCGUCUCUACUACAGUGCCGCCCCGGACCUUGUCUGGCUGGCACCACCAUGCAAGAAGUGGAGCCCACUACAACACCUCUCCAUCCGCACAGCAGCACAGGCAGAAGCACUACAAGCCGCAAGAGACGAACAGCUCAUCAGGAAGUCAACCACUCUGCGGACUAGUGAUCCUAGGUUGGCCGAAGCCCUGGGGCGGAUCUGUCAUGAUGCACACCAGCACCUUCCCAUUGAAGGCUCAUCACCAAAAAUCGGUCUCAGAUCGACAGCAGCGGGAGCAUACCACCCAGCAAUGUGUGCAGCAUGGGCUAACAUCAUCCACGACUUCAUGCAGAAUCACUACAACCACCAGGAACAGGGAUUCCAACUGGAUGAUGGAGAUGAUGACGACCCCACUGACAACACUGACAACCAUGAGGCAGAACAACCACAACAUGACCAACAACUACAAGCCGUGCAACAGCACGACCAACACAUACAACCAGCACAGCAACCAAUGCCAAACACGGGCGUUCUCACUCGACUGCAGGAACAGGGCAAGCAAGCAGCAGAAAGAACAGUACAACGACUCCACCGCAACCUUGGGCAUCCCACCAACAAGGAGCUUGUCAAGUUGCUCACACAACGCAGAGCAAGCAACAGCAUACUGCAAGCAGCACAUGACCAUAAGUGUGACCUAUGCGCAAUGCAGCAACCACCACCACAGGUCACCAAGAGCUCCAUGAGACACAGCGGAACGGUGUUCAAUGAACGCAUCCUGGCUGACACGCUGUGGAUCCACCAGCCCAGGGAUAGUGCCACAACAGCCAGAGGAAUUCCCAUCCUUGCAAUCAUCGACUCCACCACCAAGCUCAUGGCAGCCAGAGUCAUCCCAAUGGAGAAGUCCGAGGACUUUCUGAAAGCGCUGGAGCGAGGAUGGAUCCGGCACUUUGGGACUCCAACCAUCCUCCAGGUCGAUGACCACCGAGCCUGGAGCAGUGAGCUCAUCCGAAGCUGGAGCUCUGAUCAUGGUGUCCACCUUGAGAUCUCUCCAGGCCAAGCACACACCCGACUUGGCCUCUUGGAAAGACGUCACCAAGUUCUACGACGAGCCAUCGAGCUCUUCCUGGCACAAGGCAACCUCUCUGUCACCACAGACAACGUCAUCCAGGCGGUGACGUAUGUGAUUCCACAGAUCAACAAUGCCCCGCUGCUACAGCCGUCAGCCAAGCCGACAUCGAUGCCAGACUCCGACGGGCCCUACUGCGACAGCAUCAGGCACAACAGCACACCUACCACACUGGCCAACAAGUCUUCUACUGGCGUGAUGCAGCGUGGUGCCGGACCAAAAAUCCGAUGGAAGGGCCCAGCAACCAUUGCCAUGGUUGAGCCGGGACGCGCCGGCCUUGCCAGCAACAUCUACUGGCUCGCUCACGGUACCACCUUGAUCCGAGCCUCAGCCGAGCAUCUACGACCUCAUCUCAACACACCAAUGGACACCACCACCAACUCCUCUACUACCACUACCACACGAGCACAACAAGCCCUGGACAACAUUCGCAACCGCAGCACCACACUCUACCUUGACCUCCACAAAAGCAACAAACGCAAACGCACUGAAGUCACCACAGAGGAUGAAUCGGAGGACGACCCACCACCAACUGUUGCCGUCCCCAUGGAUUCCCCACCGACACAUGACUACUGGGACGUCUCUGAUGAUGGAUUGAUGUGGACUCGCGUCCACGUCGUGCCUCGUUCUUCUCUUUUCUGCCCGACUUCUGAUGCCACCGCACCAGUGAUGACCUUUUUGCCACAACGUCUCACAACACUUCAACGACCACCGCCACACCCACAUCGCUUUACACUCAGCGAUGAGUGGGCAGACUCCACACAUGCCAGCAGAGAGCUACCAUACACCUGGACCGGCAACACAACCUUCACUGUCCGUACGGACCUCCAACACCAACAGCCACUCAACACAACUUCAUUCCCUACAAGCACCAACCCAGAAACACCACCUAUGACAACAACACCACCAACACCACCGGCAAUGGACACACAGGACACACAGGCAGCAGAAAAUGGAGUGGGAGGCGAAGAUGAUACCGAGUUCUGGGACAGUUUGGUGGCACCAGCGACUGAGUCUGACACCAACAUGGAUCCAACACCUGAGCCCAAUCAACAACCGGAGGUCCCAUCUCGGUCAAUCACCUCCACAUCCGGCACAGAGCCGAUGCAAGAGCCAGAUCCACCAGCAGCGCCACUUCCAACCCCGGCGCUAGCAAUACCAGAGCACCAGCAGCAACUCUACCAACCACCACAGCCGGGUGAGACAUUCAACCAGCUACGAGCCAGAGUUGACAGACAAGAGACCCUAUCACUAUACCAACCACACCACGGAGCCGUCACCUAUGGACCCAACCGUGAAACAUUUGCAAGAGAGAACACACACCAACACAGGCGCAACACACCAUACCAACGAGCAACGGCACCCACUGAGGCAGAUGUCGAUGAGCAGACCCACACCACUCACGAGGUCAAUGUAUUGCCACAAUCCAAUACCCUUCCACCGGGAUGGAAGGUAGAAGAUGGCUGGAUCCAACUUGGAGAAACACAGGAUGAGUGGCAGAUCAAGAACGGCUGGCUGAUUCGCAGACACUACCUGCCCCGAACCAGUAAGUUCCACCCAGCACAGAUCGAUGCCCACUGCCCCAUUCCACUUGAGUACCUGGGCAAGGACAGGGUCACCAAACGACCCGGACACACUACCCACGACCGAUGGAGGGGAAAACAGGAUAACGACAACAUGGAGCCUUGGACAGGAACAACAGCUUUCAAGAUCAACCAGACCCACCGACAAGUGGCCAGAGAACAUUUUUACACAGCAAGUGAGGGACACAGCACCUACACCUACAACACUACCGACAGCAGCCACAACGCCCACCAGGCCAACACUACUAACAACAGCCACAAGCCUAUGCCCAAAACCAAGGCCAGGAAGGAACAGAUCAGCGAGAAACACCUCAGCCUCGAGGACCGUCUUGCCUUCAUAAAAGCCAAACAGGCAGAGCUGGCUUCGUUCUUCCAAAAUGAUGUGUGGGAGGUGGACGACGCCACUAGCAGUCCACCUGGAAGGACCCUACGUGCCCACUUCAUCCUCAAGUGGGGUAAGCACAACGAUGGCACACCAAGAGCCAAAGCCAGGCUCAUCACACAAGGGUUCCGAGACCCUGAUGCUCUGUCGGGAGCUCUGCAGACUGAGUCACCCACCCUCAGUCGCCUUGCCAGAAACUACAUUCUGGUCGUGGCAACCAUGUUUGGCUGGCCGACGUUUUCAGCUGACAUCUCCACAGCCUUCCUGCAAGGGAAAAAGCAUGAAGCUAGCCGCACUCUCUGGAUAUCCCUCAGUGCUGAAGCCAACCGCAUGUUGGGACUUCCCACGGAUGGCAGCAAAGUGCUGCGCCUCAAGAAGCCCAUGUAUGGUCUAUGUGAUGCCCCGAGGGCAUGGUUCACUGAAGCAAGGGAUCGACUCCUACGCUUGGGAGCACAACAACACCCACUUGAUGCUUGCCUAUACCUUGUCUACGACCACAACGCCCCAUAUGACCAAUGGUCCCAACACCAGGAUAGCCACGGAAACAACUACACAACACCACCACUAUGUGCCAUUUUUGGCCUACAUGUCGACGACAUCAUUGGAUGCGGCGACAACAACAAUGCCACGUUCCAACACUUCAGACAACAACUACAAAGCAGCUUCACGUUCAGAACAUGGGAAGAGGACUCACCUUCCUUUGACUACUGUGGGGCCGAGAUAACCAGACACUCACCCUACCACUACCACCUAGGGCACGAAAAGUACCUGGCCAAACAAAAGCCCAUCAGCUUUGAGGCCAAAGAAACAGAAGACAGACCAGUCACGGAAAAGGAAAGAACAGCUCUCCGAGCCACCAUCGGAGCACUACAAUGGCCAGCAGGCCAAUCAUCACCACACCUACAGGCCAGCAUCUCACAAUUGGCGGGACUGGUCCCGAGCGCCACAACAGCCACCUUGAGGGAGGCCAACAAGGCCCUCAGGUUUGCAAAACAACAUGCCGAUGUUGGCCUAGAAUUUCAGCAUCUAGGUGACAAGCAAGACUUAACAGUCCUGGCAUAUUGUGAUGCCGCCUUCGCCAGCCGACAUGACAACACAAGCCAAGGAGGCUACCUAGUGGCCAUCACACACAAGGAUGUCACCACAGGCAAACCAGGACCGUAUGUCCUGGUUGACUGGCGGAGUUGGAAGCUCCCCAGAGUAGCCAGAAGCUCACUCAGCGCCGAAGCACAAGCAGCGUCAGAAACAGCAGACAUUUUGAUGUAUGACAUCAUCUUCUGGCAGUUGAUUUGGCACCCCGACUUACCAAUCAACGACACAGCAGCAUGCCAAUUGACACAUCCACCGUGUCUCGUAACUGACGCCAAAGGGCUAUACGACCUGCUCACAAAACCAGAACUACAGCCCAGCAGUGGGGCCGACAAACGCACCUCCAUAGAAGUGCUAGUCGCCCAAGACAAACUCAAAUGUGCCGAGGCCCAGACAAAAUGGGUUAGCUCUGAGCUACAGUACGCUGACGGCAUGACAAAAACAGCAGCAGCACUACUUUUGGCACAACGCCUACGCACCCAUCAAACCAGCAUCAAGCCCGACGAACAAUUCACAGCAGCAAAGAAGAAAGACGCACACGCGCGCAAGCGUAGUGCCGAGCAGUUUGCCCUGAAAAAGCCCAACAGAGCCAUGCAGGCCCUGGUAGCAACAGCAUACCUUGUCAUGCAAGCAGAUGCAACAGACACCCAAACCGAACAUCUCACAUAUGUUGACUAUGGGUUUCUCAUGCUUGUGACCAUUUUUGUCAUCUUAGUUGGCAACCUCCUGAACUCCUUCUUCAUGACUACAUGGUCCCGUAUGACUAGGUUCUUGAGUAUGACAUCUACCAGUAGAGGAAGCCGUAGUGGUAUUCAUGACAGCCACCAAUCAGUGACUGCCACCGACUCAGGUACCUCACCUGAACCCUUCGAGUGUGCAGACUGCGCCGAUCUUCGUUUCCAACUGGCAACCAUGGCUGAGGAAAAUGCUCACCUCAACCAACGUUUGCAGCAGCAUGGCAGCGCAGAAUACAUGAACAGAGUGUACCACGAGCCUUUGAACAAGUUCAAGAGGCUCUACUCUGAAGAAAGGGAGAAGGUCAAGCGCAUGACUGAACAAAUGAAGGACAUGCAAGAGAAAUUCAAGACUUCGGUCGAAGACCAGAAGCAAAAAUUCACCAAAUGCGUGAAUGCACAUGUUACAGCAGGGAUGCAGCAAGCCACCAACAAAACUCUCCACUUCGCACGAGCCGGAGAAGUUUGGCACAGUGAUCCCAGAUGCGAAGCACUGACCAGACCAAACGUUGUGAGUUUCUCGAGACGACCCUGCAAGGUUUGUCCCCACAUGAUGGUACCGGAUGGACCGAAAGGCAAUGAAGUCAGAGAUCUCCUUGCCAGAAUUCACGUGAAGCACUUGCACAACCGACCUGCCAAGGCCUACUCCAAGUACUUCAAGGAUCAGGAGGAUGGCAGUUACCUCUUUCUGCCUGGCAUUGUCCAAGAGAACGGCAAGAUCUACAAGACCUGGCAUCUCGAAAGGGAAAGGAAGGAGGAACUGGUGAAGUCCGCAGGCGUCACUGCCUACAUGAGUGAGUAUGCCAUGCAUCCUUUGCAGCGUGAGCUGCGAAUCAAGAAAGCUGGCAUUCAGGCGUCCGUUCAAGCCCUGGGCCACACGGGCUACCGCUGCUUCUUGGAAUCUCCAGAAGCAUCGUCGAUGCAAGCUGCUGCCUCCAGCGGUGCAGUGCCCACCAUGGAGUUCCGCGGCGUGGUGGUGGAGAACGGUACGGUGCUGCGGCAGUGGAGGCUUGAUCCCAUGGGGGACAUCGAUGAGGCUGAAGAGGGCGCUGAGAACACCGUGGGUAUGAUGGAGGCGGGGAUGAUUCCCAACGUGGUGGACUACUACGACGUGGACACCGAUCCCACCGGCCGCUUCGUGGCUUGGCGUUUAGCGAAACGCCCCGAGCGGCUCGGGAGGGUGUAUCGCUAG